AUGAAGUAUUCUUGCUGUGCUCUGGUUUUGGCUGUCCUGGCCACAGAACUGCUGGGGGGCCACUGUUCCACUGUCAGAUCCCAGAGGUUCAGAGGACGGAUACAGCAGGAACGAAAAAACAUCCGACCCAACAUUAUUCUUGUGCUCACCGAUGAUCAGGACGUGGAGCUGGGGUCCCUGCAAGUCAUGAACAAAACAAGAAAGAUUAUGGAGCACGGGGGGGCCACCUUCACCAACGCUUUUGUGACUACCCCCAUGUGCUGCCCCUCCCGGUCCUCCAUGCUCACCGGAAAAUAUGUGCACAACCACAAUGUCUACACCAACAAUGAGAACUGCUCUUCCCCUUCAUGGCAGGCGAUGCACGAACCUCGGACUUUUGCUGUAUAUCUUAACAACACUGGCUACAGAACAGCCUUUUUUGGAAAAUACCUCAAUGAAUAUAAUGGCAGCUACAUCCCUCCUGGGUGGCGAGAAUGGCUUGGAUUAAUCAAGAAUUCUCGUUUCUAUAAUUACACUGUUUGUCGCAAUGGCAUCAAAGAAAAGCAUGGAUUUGAUUAUGCAAAGGACUACUUCACAGACUUAAUCACUAACGAGAGCAUUAAUUACUUCAAAAUGUCUAAGAGAAUGUAUCCCCAUAGGCCCAUUAUGAUGGUGAUCAGCCACGCUGCGCCCCACGGCCCCGAGGACUCGGCCCCACAGUUUUCAAAACUGUACCCCAAUGCCUCCCAACACAUAACCCCUAGUUAUAACUAUGCACCAAAUAUGGACAAGCACUGGAUUAUGCAGUACACGGGACCCAUGCUGCCCAUCCACAUGGAAUUUACAAACGUUCUGCAUCGCAAAAGGCUUCAGACUUUGAUGUCAGUGGACGAUUCUGUGGAAAGGCUGUACAAUAUGCUCGUGGAGACAGGGGAGCUGGACAACACUUACAUCAUUUACACCGCCGACCACGGCUACCAUAUUGGGCAGUUUGGACUGGUCAAGGGGAAAUCCAUGCCAUAUGACUUUGACAUCCGUGUGCCCUUCUUUAUUCGUGGUCCAAGUGUAGAACCAGGAUCAAUAGUCCCACAGAUCGUUCUCAACAUCGACCUGGCCCCUACAAUCCUGGAUAUUGCUGGCCUCGACACACCUCCGGAUGUAGAUGGCAAGUCGGUCCUCAAACUUCUGGAUCUGGAAAAGCCAGGUAACAGGUUUCGAACAAACAAGAAAGCCAGAAUUUGGCGUGAUACAUUCCUCGUGGAAAGAGGGAAGUUUUUACGUAAGAAAGAAGAAUCCAGCAAGAAUAUCCAACAGUCCAAUCACUUGCCCAAAUAUGAGAGGGUCAAAGAAUUGUGCCAACAGGCCAGGUACCAGACAGCCUGUGAGCAGCCUGGGCAGAAGUGGCAGUGCAUUGAGGACACGUCUGGCAAGCUUCGGAUUCACAAGUGUAAGGGAUCCAGCGACCUGCUCACAGUCCGCCCCAGCGCCCGGAACCUCUACCCCCGCGGCUUCCACGACAAGGACAAGGACAAGGACUGCAGUUGCGGGGAGCCUGGCUAUCGUGCCGGCAGGGGCCAGAGGAAGGGUCAGAGGCAGUUCCUGCGAAACCAGGGGACUCCCAAGUACAAGCCCAGAUUUGUCCAUACUCGGCAAACACGUUCCUUGUCGGUCGAAUUCGAAGGUGAAAUAUAUGACAUAAACCUGGAAGAAGAAGAAUUGCAAGUGUUGCGACCGAGAAACAUCGUCAAGCGCCACGAUGAAGGCCACAGGGGGCCCGGAGGUCACCAGGCUCCCGGCGACGGGGACGCGAUGCUGGCCGACAGAGACAACGCCCUGGGCUUGCCCACCACCGUCAGAGUGACGCACAAGUGCUUUAUUCUUCCGAAUGAUACAAUCCAUUGUGAGAGAGAACUGUAUCAAUCAGCAAGAGCCUGGAAGGACCACAAGGCAUACAUUGAUAAAGAGAUUGAAGCUUUGCAAGACAAAAUUAAGAAUUUAAGAGAAGUGAGAGGACACCUAAAGAGGAGAAAGCCAGAGGAGUGUGCCUGUAGUAAACAGAGCUAUUAUAAUAAAGAGAAAGGUGUAAAAAAGCAAGAGAAGGUGAAGAGCCAUCUCCACCCAUUCAAGGAAGCUGCUCAAGAAGUAGACAGCAAACUGCAGCUUUUCAAGGAGAACCGUAGGAGGAAGAAGGAGAGGAAGGAAAAGAAACGCCAGAGGAAGGGGGAGGAAUGUAGCCUCCCUGGCCUCACCUGCUUCACACACGACAACAACCACUGGCAGACGGCCCCAUUCUGGAACUUGGGCUCUUUCUGUGCUUGCACGAGUUCUAACAACAAUACCUACUGGUGUUUGCGGACAGUUAAUGAGACGCAUAAUUUUCUUUUCUGUGAGUUCGCCACUGGCUUUUUGGAGUAUUUUGAUAUGAAUACAGAUCCUUAUCAGCUCACAAACGCAGUGCACACAGUGGAACGGGGCAUUUUGAAUCAGCUGCAUGUUCAACUCAUGGAGCUCAGAAGCUGUCAGGGGUACAAGCAGUGCAACCCAAGACCUAAGGGCCUUGAAGUUGGAAAUAAGGAUGGAGGAAGCUAUGACCUACACAGAGGACAGUUAUGGGAUGGAUGGGAAGGUUAA